UACUCUAUGACGGUCAUGGCGCGAAUCACCAAGCCUGCAAUCCGUCGACUUGCUAGAAGGGGAGGUGUCAAGAGGAUCUCUGGUCUCAUCUACGAAGAGACACGCGGUGUACUGAAGGUCUUCCUGGAGAAUGUCAUCCGUGAUGCAGUCACCUACUGCGAGCACGCCAAGCGAAAGACUGUCACAGCCAUGGACGUGGUGUAUGCACUAAAGAGGCAGGGUCGUACAUUGUACGGCUUCGGCGGCUAAGUGUAGCAGACCUCUCUCUCUCCUGGCUAGAAUAA